ACAUAUUGUAUUGAUUAUUUAUUGAUUCAUGUUUGUAAUAUUUAGUUAAUUAUUGAAUGAAUAACGUAACUCGAAUCAUAAUUUAAUUAAAAACAAUGGAGUCAGAGCCAGUACAGUCUUCUGAGUUGCAAGCUAUGACUGAAGAUACAACCAAAACUUCCAACGAACAAGAACUUCCACAAUCGACGAUUCCUCCAAUAAACACUGAAAACGAGCCAGAGACUGGAUCAAAUGUUGCUGUUGUUAAAGAUCCCCAAAAACCGUCCCCUAAAAAGCCUAAAAAACGUAAACCUAAGGUUCCUCGUGAUGUAACAGCACCGAGGCAGCCGCUUACAGGGUAUGUAAGGUUUCUAAAUGAGCGCAGGGAUCAAUUGAGAGCUGAACAACCAGAACUGGGUUUUGCAGAGCUGACGAGACAGUUGGCUAGUGAAUGGAGUAAAUUACCCACAGAGGAGAAACAACAUUACCUUGAUGCUGCAGAUCAGGAUAAAGAAAGAUAUAUCAAAGAAUGGGCCGAAUAUAAGAAAACAGAUGCAUAUAAAGAAUUCCAUAAACAGCAAAUGGAACAAAAAGAUCCUGUGAUUGCUACUAAAAAAAUUAAAAACAAUCUGCCUACUGAACCAACCCAACAGAAUGUACCUACAGGAGCACCUCAACCUGCUGUUGAACUAACUGCACCACCACAAAAUAUUCCUGUUGUUCAAACAAGACAGCCAACUCCACCACGGCCUAGACCAUGCAUUACUCCUGCAAUGGUAGAUGAUUUGAAUGCUGGUGAUACAGAUAUACCUAUAUUUACGGAUCAAUUUCUUCAACACAAUAAACUGAGGGAAUCAGAACUGAGGCAGCUGAGGAAAGCAAACUCUGAUUAUGAACAACAGAAUGCAAUACUUCAAAGACACGCCGAGGAAGUGAGCGCGGCGACGACGCGAUUGCGCGCGGAGACCACAGCGGCGGCGGAGCGCACAGCGGCUCUGGUUGCGCAUCGGCGGGCCCUCGUCGCAGCCCUUGUGCAUGCGUUGCACUCACUCGCACUACCUCUACCAAAUGGUGCAAGUGGUGCAACAGAAGCGAAUAUUGAAGAAUACAUGGAUAAAUUGCAUGCUUUAGUGACAGAAAAUAAGAAUAAUCCAAUUGUAAAACAAGCUCGUGAUAUAUUAACUAGAGUGGAUCUGCCAAUUACAUAAGUGUAUUUUGACUUAAAUAAAUAAAAUUGCUUUCAAAAAA